GAUUACUAAUCGACGGCAUGUAGAAGUAAAGAUAAAAGUAAAAGUAAAGAUGCACGAAAUAAAACAAGUGUAUAAGUUUAGCCACACGGUGUCGCUUAAACACUACUUGCCAGAAGAAGAUGAAGAAAAUGCUUCUUCCCACAAUCCUUUGCGUUCGGUAGUCUGCUUGCGUCAAUCCUGCGACGAAAUUUGAUGCUAAACAAAUCACUGACAUUUUGACAAAAUCGCUAUGGAAACGGAACAACCAAAGAACGACAGUGCAUCACACACGCUUACUACUUGUCAGUCAAAGAAGCCGAGCCAGGCUCUGUACAUGCCAAAGAAACGUCUCCCAUCCUCUAAAGACAAACCUCAAGUUGAAGCGGAAGUAAAACCAAGACCCAGGCCUCGCUACACGGACAAGGCUCGAAAGAAUGCCAAGAACAAGAAGGACAAGGCAGGAGGAGCAGGGGAUAAGCAGUCGCCCGUGCCAGCAGAUGGAGCUGAGAUGCAGACUCAUCUCACCAACCCUCUUGCGGAGGAGCAGCUACAUGGUCCAGAUGUUGACACUAAUGGUCAUCUCAAGUCAGAAAAUGUUGAGACAGAUGUUUUCCCCCGGCUCGAAGAGGCAUCCUGUCAUGAAGAAAAGGGACAAGAGGAGAGUUGGGACACCUUAUUUAAUGAUGAUGGCGAUUGUCUCAGCCAUCGGCUGCCUGAAGAGCUAUCUUUGAGUGAAGGGGGAAAGAAGAAGUCACUCCAGGAGGCCAGAUUUGAUUAUUACAACAUGAACAGAUUUGAUGGUGAUGAUGAUGAUGAUGAUGACAUGGACGACAACCUGGAGGAGCUCUCUCACAUCAUCGAGAUCUACGAUUUUCCCCCCGAGUUUAAAACAGAGGAUCUUCUCAAGUUAUUUCAGGCUUACCAACAGAAGGGCUUUGACAUCAAGUGGAUCGAUGACACACACGCUCUUGGUCUCUUUGCAAGCCCAAUUGCAGCCCGCGAUGCUUUAAGAGCUAAACAUCCACUGAUGAAGUUGCGACCACUUUCCAAAUCCUCUUCUGCGACGAAGGCCAAAGCUCGUAGCUGCUCAGAAACUCUUCUGCCUGCUAAGGAGAGACCUCAGACCAGUGCUGCUUUGGCUCGCAGGCUUGUCAUUGGUGCCCUCGGUGUGAAGAGCAACGUGACAAAGGAGCAGCGGGAGACAGAGAGGAAGAAGCUCCAGGAAGCAAGAGAACAAAAACGUCUGGCAGCCAAACAGAGGGAAGAUGCUUGGGAGGGAAGGUGAUUGGAGAGAAAACUCGCCUGCGUUGCCUCGCUUGACUCAUUUCGGGCCACGCCCACCCACCGCCACACUUCUUUGACAUGUAGUCCCACCAUUUUCCAAACAUGCAAUGUCUUGUAUGCUUCCCACGCCUUGGCUGAGGUCACUGCAACCCUCACCUGAAUUCAAUGUAACAUUUUCAAAGGUUCGUUCAUUUACGUAAUGAAAGUUACCUACAACAAUACAGCACCCAUUUCCUGCUCUCCUUGACUCCUGGUACUGAGUCAUGUUGGACUAUUGUGUGUAUCACAUUUUGAUUUGUUAAGGAAAGGAAUGUAGUUGGUGAUGAUACGCAAAUGGACAUGACACAAAAAUCUUCUUUUGACAGGCCAGGAUUAACGUGUUUGCAUUUUUUACAUUUUUUGAGUGUAUUUAUAAAGUCGUUUCCAGUAGAUUUUUAUUAAUUAAUUGUAAUGUCAGGUUUUAUGUGUGUGUGUAUGUACACUUAGAAGUGGUUGACAUCACUAUUAAAUUUAGGGUUUUUGUCCAAUAGUUUGGUUAUUCUGUCCCUAUACAUGUCUGGCCAGCAGUUCAAAUGCUAUAAAGCAACUUUUUUAUCAGUUUAAAAUGAGGUAGCAAUGGUAGUAAUGUCAUGUACAUAAUCUCUGGAGUCUGGAGCCUCCCAUUGACUCUUGCAGUCACUUGAGGUGAAUUUUUUAUUUUCUGCAACAUGAUUAUAUAAACACUGGAUGACAGAACCCUGUAAAUAUAAUGAGGUGAAUUAAACUAUGAGCUCUGUAUUUCAUUACAUUUGCCCUAUGACUCUGUGGGUACAUUUUGUAUUAGCAUACACUUAAAAGCAGCAUCAUCUGGUACGCUUGCGGGGUAGCUUUUAUUCCUGGACAGUCAAAAAUUUGCAAUUGCAAAUCUUUCACUAGAUAGUGAAACUUUGAAAAGUAUAACAUCAACCAUGCUCUGUUUUCAUUAUUUAACAUGGAGCUCCUUAGAUGCACUUCCAGGCCAAAGAUGCGAGCAGCUGCCUCUUUGAGGCUCGGCCCUGUGACCACAAGCCAUGUGGCGCUGCAUCUCAGUCGUCUCCUCAACCAGUAAUUAAGCCUCGUUUUGCAAAAUAGAGGAAUGAGCUGUGAAUGUGUUACUUGUUUUCAGCUUAAACUUGAAAUUAACUUUCUUCAAAAUUAGCUUUGUCAACAUCUGGGCGUAGAAAUGCUAUUUAACCUCAAAGGCUAUACAAUGAAAUAUGUACAACGGUGAUCGUUCACCUGCACCCUCACUUGUUUGAUCACCAUGACAUCUGUCCUGAAAAACGGAUGAGCGACUGUAAUACAGUGUAAUAAGCUGUGUGCCACAUGGCUCACUGUAGGCUGCCUCAAAACCAGAUAAGUAAUGUUCAGUUUUUGCCUUUUCUUUAUUUGGUUGGUCCAAAAGCAGACUAGAAAAACAUUUUACGCAAUCCAAAUUUGCUGGAUGAGACAUCACAAUAUCUACUGUAUAUUUGUCUCAUGACAUGCCCUCAUUUAAUUCAGCUCAUCCAAGUGCAAAUGUUUAAAAAUGAUGGGCCGAUGAUAAUUGUAUGCAUUUAUGUGGUCAGAUAUUUAGAACAUCAUUUAUUUUUCUUUUUUGAGGAAAACGUACGUUAUUUCCAAUGUAUUCUUAUUACUUUAUUACAUGCAUCUAACUAAAUUCAGGUUUGAGCCAAAUCGCAUAAAAUUAGCUUUUAAGGCUCAGUUAAGACCAACAGAUGUAGUGACCAUAGCUGCCCAGGGGGCCCAAUGUGUUUUUUUUUUUUCAUGGGGCCCAAAAUUCCUGUCAGUCCUGUGCUUUUGCAUCUCAGCAUGGCGUAUUCAAGGAUGGUUGAGGAUUUAUCAGAUGCGUUUUCUGCAGAAAAAAACAGCAUAUUUUUGGAGAAAAAAAAAAUAUUAAAAAAAACUUUUUUUGGAUCCCAAAUUUGCGGGGGCCGUGAAUGCUGAAUUGCGAAUGUGUGGGGAUCCACUGUAAUAGAAAUUUAACAUGUUUAGGGGUUAUGUGGUCAAUUUUAUUUUAUUUUAUUUUAUUUAUUUAUUUUUAACAGA